AUGGAAGUCGAGAACGGAGAUGGAACGAACGGCAGUAGGAGCGAAGAAAUCGGGGCAAAGGCUGCUCCCCACGCGACUACGUCGACAGACAAUCGCACAGCAUCGUUCACUUCCACAUCGUCACCACCAUCCUUUGCUCCAUUUCAAUCCCAACGAAGCGUUCAGCAUAAGAGCAGCUACGAUGUGUCCAAGUCCAUGGAACGGCUUCGAUCUUCAAUGAUUGGUAAUGUAUCGUGGAUUCCUGGUCGUCACGAGAAGGAGGACUACGAUGAACUUGGUCAAGUACCGACCACAAGGACUUCAACGACAACUACUGCAUCACCAGCUACGCCCUUGCCUCCAAGUUUACACCGCGCGUUGGGACAGAUACCAGCAAUCGUGUUGAUUGGCAUAUUUCAUCUCAUGAUUGGAAUCCCCUUUGGUGCUUCUUACUUUCCAAUUGGUUGGAAGGCUCCUGGGAGUGCCGACGACGAAGACGAGAAUGAUGACGACGGGGUCCAUGGAAUUUUUCCGUUACCAGGCAAAGAAGCUCUGGGAAUUCGAAUGUUUUUGUUCUCCACAAUCCUGGGACAAAUUGUCUUUACGGGUCUUUCUGGCUUUCGCAAUCCUGUCGGCUUACAAAUGGUCGAGAACGUUCCGUUCUGUCACGAGCUGGCCACAAUCGCCGUGCGUCAUCAAGGAUACACCCGAGAAGCUCUGUCAACGCUCUUUGCCAUGUACGGAUUCUCGAGUCUGCUCGUGGGUGCGGUCUUUUAUGCUCUGGGACGAUGGAAACUAGGCAACGUUGUUUACUACUUUCCGAAACACGUUUUGGUGGGAUGCAUUGGGGGAAUUGGCUUGUAUAUCGCCAAAACGGGUGUGGAAGUUACCAGGAAUGCGGAAUUCUCACUACGGGCAGCCACGGUCACGUACGGACUUUUGUUGGUCGUCGUCCUUGCCUUUGAAGUCGUCCUGCGUCUACUGGAAUUUGGAACGCGUGACGUUAGCGGGAACGCAAGGUACCCAUUGUUGUCGCCGUUAUAUUUUUGCAGCAUUACACCCGUCUUUUAUAUGGCACUCUUUGUGCUUGGCGUGAACAUUGAGACUGCCACGGAGGAAGGAUUCUUCUUUCCCGCAUUGGACAAAUGUACUAUUGGAGGAGGUGAAAAUGGUGAAGCCUGCUCCACGUCCUUGUGGGAUUCCAUUUUUGAUCAGAAUCUGUUCAAUAUUUGGAAAGUCGUAAACUUCUCGACAGUCUCCUUUCCCGCGCUGAUGGACGCCAUUCCGACCUUGGUCGCACUGACUUUGUUCAGUCUCAUUCAUGUUCCCAUUAAUAUUCCCGCCUUCGCAAACUCCACGGACACUGAUGUAGAUAUGAACAAAGAACUGAUUGCUCAUGGCUACUCCAAUUUGCUGGUCGGCAUUUUUGGCGGCUUGCAAAACUACAUGGCCUAUACGCAGUCGGUCUUGUACGACAAAUCAGGGGGAACGGGAAAGGCCUCGGGCUAUGCUGUCGCCGGCAUUACGUCGGUGCUUUUCUUGAUUGGGCCCACCAUUGCUUCCUAUAUUCCCCGGUGUAUGGCGGGGACCUUAUUGGUCCACGUAGGUGUGGAUUUGUUUCUGGAAGGCGUUUACGAAACAUGGGGAAAGUUCGACGCACUGGAGUACGGUGGUAUUUGGCUUAUAACAAUGGUCAUGACACUGUACGGGAUGGAGGCCGCCAUGAUUGCCGGCUUCAUCACGGCUCUUUUUACAUACGCCGUGCAAAAUACGACGUACGUUCAUAUCCUGCGUGGAUCCAUGUCCGCAGCUACGUUGCGCAGUAGCAAAUGGAAUCGCAGUACCCGGGCCAACGCUAUUUUGGCGGACGAGUCGACCGGACGCAAUCGUAUCCUGGUGGUCCAACUCCAGGGACACUUGUUUUUCGGCAACAUGGUGCAACUCACCCAGAGUGUAAACGAUGUGCUGAGUGAGAAAGCGAAGCCUCGUACGGAACCUUGGAUUGUGAUUAUUGAUUUUGGUUUGGUACUGGGGAUUGACUCUUCCGCGGCACAAUCGAUCAGCAAACUAUCCAAGACACUGCAACACAAGCACGGUGUCGAUCUUUGCAUUUUCGUGACGGGUUCUGGGGAAGGCUUUCCAACGGCCUACAGUUUGUCCAAGGAAUUGUCCACUUUAUCAUCGACCACGCCAGUGGUUGUUUCGGAUGAAGACGUGCGGACAACCGAAGCGACACCCUUAUUGGCACCGUUCGCGACACCGAAUCCCGAUACAUCAUCAUCAUUGUACACGGGCAGUCGUGUAUGCACUACGCUGGACGAUGCGCUGGUGUUUGCCGAAGACGCGUUACUGGCGCGCACCGAUUGGUCGUUGUUGGAAGCAGACCGUCACAUUGGCGAUCCCCUCCGCGGCGGCGUGUACGAUAUCACGGACGAAACGCGAGUGGCUUUGCGGUAUUUGGAAAAUCUGUGUCCACGCGGGGUGGACCAAGCGCACGUGCGUUUGCUGUGGAAGUGCAUGACACGGGAAACGUACGUAUGCGGCGAUUCCGUGUGGUUGCAGGGUUCGGAGAGUGACUGUAUGAAACUGUUACUGCGUGGAACCUUAUUGGCGUCUCUCGAGAACGAAGCCGGGACGAACGAAAGCAUCGCGGCGGGCAAUACGAUUGGGGAAUUGGGUUUGGUGGAACACACGCCACGGAUGAGUUCCGUCACGGUAGUGUCGGCGGACGCUGUCCUCUACAGUCUACACCGCGAGCGGUGGCGGGAAUUGAAGGCCGUGUCCCCCCACGCCGCGUCACUGACGGAUCGUAUCUUGAUUCGUUACCUGUCUGCACGUGUCCAACACGUGAGCAAUCGUAUCUACGAAACACGGUGUUUGCCGAUAUAGACGUUGGGUUGGGGGCACCAGGCCAUCGUUUGUGGGAAUGGCAAAACAAGUCGACCAAUCACGUGGGUGGCCGGGGUUUGCUGGUAUCCAUCCUUCCAUGCCCGUAAGGAUACCAUGUCACCCU